GACAGGGAACCUGUGCUGAGUUCUCUGUACCUGGCCCCAGUCCCUGGAGACAUGAACAAGGUCUUCCCCCAGGGACAUCAUGGCAAGGCAGCUGCUGGAACCAAAGCCGUCCCCGGAGGGGCAGAAGGCUCCAGUCCCCUCUGCUGCUCGCGUCGCGGGGCCUGCCUCUCGGCCUCCGUGCUGCUGCUGCUGGCAACUCUAGCGGCCCUCAUCGCCCUGGCCACCAUCCUUGGACUGCCACCACGCAUGCCAGGGCCCCAGGCCUGUGCAACACUGGCGAACAGGACAGGCUUCUUGUGCCACGACCGGAGGAGCUGCAUCCCGGCCAGCGGGGUCUGUGACGGCACCCGCACUUGUCCCCACGGCGAGGAUGAAGAGGAGGGCUUGUGCCGAGACGUGCCCCACAGCCUCCCCAGCUUCCUGGUGGCCCACUGUGGAGACCCGGCCUCCUGGAUCUACUCAGACCAAAAAUGCGACGGGACCAACAACUGUGGGGACUGCUCGGACGAGCUGAGCCCAGUGACUGUGUGCGCGCCCUGUGGCCCUGGGUGGUGGCACUGCUCUUCCACCGUUUUCAAGUACUGCGACUGCAUCCCAAGGAGUCUCUGCCGGGACCGCGUGCAGCACUGCUCUGACUGGUCCGACGAGUACGCCUGUCCUGGACCCUGAGUGGACCACCCCGGCCGGCAUGGAAGGCUGGCUGGAAUGGCAAUGACAGCCCCUCACAUGAGCAUCGAAUCCUGGAGCGCGAGGGCAGGAAGGGGCCUUCGAAAUCAUCUCCUGGACUCUACACAUCAUGUCUGAAUAGGAACUGUCUCUCCUGCUUUCAAGUUUUUCAGCCUCUGCUUGAAUGCCCCCAACAACUGGGAACUCACUACCAUGUUAGACAGCUUCUAACAAAGACAGGGGACUCUGCUCCCAUGAUUUGAGGCCUGCCUUUGAAGCCACACAGAGGAAAUCUGCCACUCUGCUCCAAAACGGGCUUGCAGAUUCUAAUCUUGCCACCACUUGGAGAGAAGAUAAGUCUGGGGCUUAAACGCCAAGCUGAGGAGUUGUCUUUAUAGAUGGCACACGCAUGAAGCAUGUGCCACUGCCUGACCCUUUGAGACCUCAGGCAGACAUUGCUGGGCUUGGAUGCAACCUUAGCAUUUUUCUCAACUCAGUUACCCCAGCAGGCCCCGCUGAUUAACACACGAGAUUGCACACAAGUCAGGGCACUUGGCAUCCUACCAGCGGGACGCUACCCCAGGCAGCUCUGAGCUGCAGAACUGAAGAGCUGGAGAGAGGGCAGCUGGAGGAGCUCCUCCCCGCCCUGUGUCCAUCCCGUUCUCCACCCCACGACUCCCCACCCUCCACCCUAUGCCCAGAGGCCCAGCUAAACAGCCCAGCUUUCUUGAAGUAGGUCCUAGAGCCUUGAACUUUGAUCCUGGAGCCCAAAUGAGCUGUUUCUCUGCAUCCUUUUCCAGCUCCACAAUACCCAAGCAGGCAAGGAUGGAUAGCCCCAUUACACAGAUAAGAAAACUGAGGUCCAGAGGGGGAGGUGACUUGCUCAGGAUCAUACAGCGAGAUCAGUGCUGGAACUGGGACUCAAACAUGGCCUAUGACACCCUAGCCCAGUCGCCUUUCCAGCUACCAGUGCGAUUAUGCCUUGGCUGGGGCAGAGUCUCUGUGGGGUAUUUGCAAAUGUAGCUGGAGGGUCAGAAAGUGCCACACUCUUCUUCUGAAAGGGAGACUGGGCAUCCUGAACCCUGAGAGGGUUCCUGUUGAGGAAGACAGACAUAUCCUUAUUGAAAAUUAAUAAAAUUGGUUUUACGUAA